CGGCGGGCGCGGCCGGACGGGAGUUCCCCAGAGAAGGAACCUUCAGCCCCGAGUCCCGUAUAGGACAAAGCUUGGGGUUCAUUCUCCUUCCCUGGAUCCCCCCACUCCCCUACCCUCAGUCCCCAGGCUUCCCCAAUCGGGGGGACCCAGCGCCAGGACGCUGCUAUGGACGACAUUUUCACUCAGUGCCGGGAAGGCAAUGCUGUUGCCGUUCGCCUGUGGCUGGACAACACGGAGAACGACCUCAACCAGGGAGGGUCUCCACAGAGGAAGCAGUGUGGAACUCUUCUUCAGCAGUCAAGAUUCUGCUCAAAUCUGCCUCCCUGAACUGCAUGGGCAAAGGCUAGGAGGCAAGACACAGAGCGGAGAGUGCCACGAAAUUGUCUGGAGUCCCCUAUGGCUGGAAGAUAGAAGAUCUCUGUGGGCAGAAGUAUUGGGUACAAGUGGAAAAGGACAGACGAUAACACUGGAGAGGGACGAUCAUGGCUUCUCCCCGUUGCACUGGGCCUGCCGAGAGGGCCGCUCUGCUGUGGUUGAGAUGCUGAUCAUGCGGGGGGCACGGAUCAAUGUAAUGAACCGUGGGGAUGACACCCCUCUGCACCUGGCAGCCAGUCAUGGACACCGUGAUAUUGUACAGAAGCUGUUGCAGUACAAAGCUGACAUCAAUGCAGUGAAUGAGCAUGGGAAUGUGCCCCUGCACUAUGCCUGUUUUUGGGGCCAAGACCAGGUGGCAGAGGACCUGGUAGCAAAUGGAGCCCUUGUCAGCAUCUGUAACAAGUAUGGAGAGAUGCCUGUGGACAAAGCCAAGGCCCCCCUCAGAGAGCUUCUCCGAGAGCGGGCAGAGAAGAUGGGCCAGAAUCUCAACCGUAUUCCAUACAAGGACACAUUCUGGAAGGGGACCACCCGCACUCGGCCCCGAAAUGGAACUCUGAACAAACACUCCGGCAUUGACUUCAAACAGCUCAACUUCCUGGCAAAGCUCAACGAAAAUCACUCUGGAGAGCUAUGGAAAGGCCGCUGGCAGGGGAAUGACAUUGUCAUUAAGGUGCUGAAGGUUCGAGACUGGAGUACAAGGAAGAGCAGGGACUUCAAUGAGGAAUGUCCUCGGCUCAGGAUUUUCUCGCAUCCAAAUGUGCUCCCGGUGUUAGGUGCCUGCCAAUCUCCACCUGCUCCUCACCCCACCCUAAUCACACACUGGAUGCCAUAUGGAUCCCUCUACAAUGUACUACAUGAAGGCACCAAUUUUGUUGUGGACCAGAGCCAGGCUGUGAAGUUUGCUUUGGAUAUGGCAAGGGGCAUGGCCUUCCUUCACACAUUAGAGCCUCUCAUUCCGAGACAUGCACUUAAUAGCCGUAGUGUAAUGAUUGAUGAGGACAUGACUGCCAGAAUCAGCAUGGCCGAUGUCAAGUUCUCUUUCCAGUGCCCUGGACGCAUGUAUGCACCUGCCUGGGUAGCCCCUGAAGCUCUGCAGAAGAAGCCUGAAGACACAAACAGACGGUCAGCAGACAUGUGGAGUUUUGCAGUGCUUCUGUGGGAACUGGUGACACGGGAAGUACCCUUUGCUGACCUCUCCAAUAUGGAGAUUGGAAUGAAGGUGGCACUGGAAGGCCUUCGGCCUACUAUCCCACCAGGUAUUUCUCCCCAUGUGUGUAAGCUCAUGAAGAUCUGCAUGAAUGAAGACCCUGCUAAGCGACCCAAAUUUGACAUGAUUGUGCCUAUCCUGGAGAAGAUGCAGGACAAGUAGGACUGGAAGGUCCUUGCCUAAACUCCGGAGAUGUCAGGACAUGGUUGGGGGAGUGCACCUCCCCAAAGCAGCAGGCUUCUGGUUGCCUCCCCUGCCGCCAGUCAUGGUACUACCCCAGCCAUGGGGCCCAUCCCCUGCCCCCAUCCCUUACACUGUGGCCCCAAAAGGGCCUGGGCUCAGAGCUUUGUCACUUGCCACACGGUGUCUCCCAACAUGGGAGAGAUCAGCCCCGCCUGUCACAAUAAAGUUUAUUAUGAAAA